AUGUCUAAAGCAUCUCCCUUAGUGCAUGGAUCUUUUGCCGUUUCAAGUGCAAUUGGAGGUGGCCAUCUUAAAAAAUGGGUAACAGCUGAGCCGACAAUUGAAGUAUUCAGGAUUACAAAAGAGAGCAAGUUUUUGAUCCUCGCCUCAGACGGACUUUGGGAUAAGGUUAGCAAUCAGGAAGCAACAGAUGUAGUUCAUCAUUUAUGUGUGCGCGUUGACAAGCCGGAAUUAUAUUCUAUUUACAAAAAGAUCGUGGAUUUAUCACACUCGAGAGGAUCUUCUGAUGAUAUUAGUUAUGGACAAGCUGGAAGAGUGCAUGGAUCUUUUGCCAUUUCAAGUGCAAUUGGAGGUGGCCAUCUUAAACAAUGGGUAACAGCUGAGCCGACAAUUGAAGUAUUCAGGAUUACAAAAGAGAGCAAGUUUUUGAUCCUCGCCUCAGACGGACUUUGGGAUAAGGUUAGCAAUAAGAAAGCAACAGAUGUAGUUCAUCCUUUAUGUGUGCGCGUUGACAAGCCAGAAUUAUAUUCUAUUUGCAAAAAGAUCGUGGAUUUAUCACACUUGAGAGGAUCUUCUGAUGAUAUUAGUUAUGGUGAUCCUUCUAAGUCGAUUCAUUCAGUUACUCAUAUGCUAAGAAUAACUUAA